UGUCGCGAUCAGCUGACGGCAUACAUACAGAGCAAACUUCAUUUGGACUCUCUAAAGCGGCGGAUGCGUCUUACUUGCUAUCUCAUUUAUUUUCUCUCUUUCUUCCCCAGUCAGGUGGCGGAACAGUGCACAUCCCAGGGACUACAGCAUUGCCGUUGGAUUUAACAGCCCGAGCAGAUUUUUCCCCCUCUUUUUUUGUUUCCCCCCUUUUUCUGUUUGUUUAAAACUGCGAGGAUGUCUGGACAGAGCAUAACGGACCGGAUAACGGCAGCGCAACACAGUGUUACCGGUUCCGCGGUGUCCAAAACGGUGUGCAAGGCGACCACGCACGAAGUCAUGGGGCCAAAGAAAAAGCAUUUGGACUAUCUGAUCCAGUGCACCAACGAGAUGAAUGUGAACAUCCCUCAGCUGGCCGACACGCUGUUCGAGCGCACCACCAACACCAGCUGGGUGGUCGUGUUCAAAUCCCUCAUCACCACACACCACCUUAUGGUCUACGGCAACGAGAGAUUUGUACAAUAUCUAGCCUCCAGGAACACAUUAUUCAACCUCAGUAAUUUUUUGGACAAAAGCGGGUUACAAGGAUAUGACAUGUCCACCUUCAUCCGGAGGUACAGCCGCUACCUGAACGAAAAGGCAGUCUCAUACAGACAAGUGGCUUUCGACUUCACGAAAGUAAAAAGAGGGGCGGAUGGCGUAAUGAGAGCUAUGAACACAGAGAAGCUCCUAAAGACCAUCCCUAUCAUCCAAAACCAGAUGGAUGCACUCCUUGACUUCAACGUAAAUGCCAACGAGCUCACAAACGGGGUCAUUAAUGCUGCAUUCAUGCUUCUGUUUAAAGACGCCAUCCGCCUGUUUGCAGCCUACAAUGAAGGGAUCAUCAACUUGCUUGAGAAGUACUUUGACAUGAAGAAAGCCCAAUGUAAAGAAGGCCUGGAAAUCUAUAAGAAAUUCCUCACUCGAAUGACGAGAAUCUCAGAGUUUCUCAAAGUGGCAGAGCAAGUGGGAAUCGACCGAGGGGACAUACCAGACUUAUCACAGUUUACAGUUUGUGCCCCCAGUAGCCUUCUGGAUGCCCUUGAGCAGCAUUUGGCUUCAUUAGAGGGGAAAAAGGUCAAAGACUCCACGGCCGCCAGCAGAGCCAGUGCGCUGUCCAAUGCGGUGUCCUCCCUGGCCAACACGGGUAUCUCUUUCACCAAGGUUGAUGAGAGGGAAAAGCAGGCAGCUCUGGAGGAGGAGCAGGCUCGAUUAAAAGCACUUAAGGAGCAGCGCCUGAAGGAACUGUCCAAGAAGCCCUCCACGACUGCUGCAUCUCCCAUUUCCACGGCGACGGGCACCAUCAGUUCUGCCCCUGCCAUCGACCUGUUCUCCACACCCAGUAGCUUCACUAACAGCACUCCGAAGGUGCCGAACGAUCUGUUGGACCUGCAGCCCACGUUCCAGCCCUCCCUGCCUCUCUCCACCGGCCUGCCUUUAGCCAACACAUGGGGAGAUCCUUUCACGUCUACAGAGGCUGUUGACGACUCCAUUCCAAACUUAAAUCCUUUCCUUACAAAACCAGUUGUUGAUCCUGUCCAUCUGCCUGUUGUGUCUUCAGAUGCUGUUAGUUUUUCCUCUAGGACACCCAGUCAUGAAAUGUUUGGUGGGUUCUCUGCACCUCCCACCGCCCAGCCUCCCAGUUCGACAGGCCUUAAUGUCGACUUUGACUCCGUGUUCGGCAAUAAGUCGGCCACCAACAGCACAGACUCUGCUGAUGAUAUUUUAGGUGGCAUCCUGAAACCCACAGUGACCUCUCCCAACCAGGGCCUGAUGCCCAGCGCCCAACAGCCAGGCAAACUGGUUUCCGAUGACUUGGAUUCCUCCCUUGCCAAUCUUGUGGGCAAUCUCGGUAUUGGAAAUGGAACCGCAAAUAAUGACAUUUACUGGAGUCAUCCUGGUGAAAAGAAGUUGACUGGAGGAACCAACUGGCAACCAAAGAUGGCUCCGACCACAACAUGGAACCCUGCCACCAUGGCUACUUCUGUCAUGGCCUUCCCUGCCACAACGCCCACAGGAAUGAUGGGAUACGCAGUGCCCCCUCACAUGGGCUCCAUCACCAUGAUGACCCAGCCCACCAUGAUGUACACUCAGCCUGUGAUGCGGCCGGCCAAUCCCUUCGGCCCAGUCUCAGGGGCACAGCUCUCUACAGCCUCUAGUCCUUCCAGUUCAAGUCCUCUCAGAGCUCCGGGACAGGACCCUUUUGCACAGCUGUCUCUGAAGGAUUUCCUUUAGAGCGUCUUUAGAUGCAGUUCAUGUAGGUGAAGGAGGGUCGAUGCUUCCCAAGGAUGAUUUAUACGGCAAAUCUCAAACCUUUAAUCUCUCUCCAGUUGGCUAUUCGACUCUUCAUGGAGAGUUCUGCCCCAGUACAAACCUGUACAGGAAUCAGAGGGAGGGGUGGGAGGGGCUUUAUGGGAUAUGACGGGUGGGGUUGGGAUGGGUAAGACUCUGUUACCCAGAGAUGGAGGACACAGCGCUCACUUUGUAAUUUGUCGCUGUAACAGUUAUUGUACCGAUCUGCAUCUGUAACGAAACUCAUGGGUGUUGAGAGAGCGCGAGUGCUGGAAUGUGGUGGGUUUUCACUCAAACACGGCUUCACUUUUUUUCCAUGGAAUGGCAAAAAGAGGGAUCAAGAAGGGAUUUUGGUGGACUUCUGUCUUUAUCCAAUUACCAAUCAAGCAUUACCUGAUUUAACCAUCACCCAUUAGAAAUUCUAACAUUGGUUUCUACUAUGAUUUCUACUUUAUUUUUAUUUUUUGUUAUGAGGUUUGCAGUAGACAUUCCUUGUGUAUUGUCUGUAUUUAUUUAUGAUUUACCCAC